AUGUGCCGACGCAGAAGGUCAAUGUUCGCCUUGAUAGCCUCUGUGAUGGUUGUGUGUUUGAUGGUCCAGCAAGUAUUUAACAGAGGUGGCGCCCUGUCUUCGAUUGGAAAUGGACAAGCGAAAUUCAGCUUCAACACCCACGUGAUGAAAGAAACAGUCGAUCAUUCCAAGCUACAUCAUUUGGGAGAAGAGGCACACCGUAAUCAAACCGACUCUGCAAGUAAAACUCCGGUGCCCAAGAAACCCAAACCUGCUCCUCCGUUUCCGGAUCCUUUUAUCACAACAUCCUGUCCAACUUUCAAACGAGGACACUCGGUGGUUGACCAGCUCAUUUCUAGAAAGAUGAACAUUCAUGUGAAACUAGAAAAAUGUUCGCCGAUGGAAGGAAUGGGGUCUCCCCCAUAG